UAUAUGACGUCACACACAAACAUGGCCGCUUACAGGAGCGUUAGAUUUGCAAGGAAUGUUGCGGCUCUUUUUUCGAGAUCGUACCAUGUGCUCAGCAAACCUCCCCAUAACGUAGUGAGCAGAUGUGCAUUGCCACAGAAACCAACCACCAUGUUUAUCAGGAACAUGUUUAUUCAAACCCAAAACACCCCAAAUCCAAAUAGUCUGAAGUUUCUUCCUGGCCGUGUGGUGUUGGAAUCAGGAACAAUGGAUUUUACUGAACCUAGAGAUGCAUAUUGUUCACCCUUGGCAAGGCAGUUGUUCAGAAUUGAUGGAGUGAAGAGUGUUUUCCUCGGCCCCAAUUUCAUCACCAUUACCAGGGUUGAUUCAGACACAGAGUGGAAAGUGAUCAAACCAGAUGUUUUCGCCACUAUCAUGGACUUUUUUACUUCAGGGCUUCCUGUUGUCAAUGAGGCAGAUGCUCCACGUGCAGACACAGCUCCUUCCAAUGAAGACGAUGAGGUGGUUUCCAUGAUCAAAGAAUUGCUGGAUACACGUAUAAGACCCACUGUGCAGGAGGAUGGUGGUGACAUUCUGUAUCAGGGUUUUGAGGACGGUAUUGUAAAGCUGAAGCUGCAGGGUUCUUGCACUAAUUGUCCCAGCUCCAUCAUCACGCUAAAGAACGGCGUCCAGAACAUGCUUCAGUUUUAUAUUCCUGAGGUGGAGGGAGUUGAGCAGGUGAAGGAUGAGGAUACAGAGGUAGAAAAUAAAGUCCAGGGAUAGGUUCAGCCGGCCAGCGUCUGGCCUAUAGACUAAAUUCUUCAUUAACCAGCAGGACCGCUUCCUUUACAGUCCAGUUGGGAAGAAGAUGAUGUGAGUUUGGCAGUGUCUGCUUAGUUACACAGCUGUAUGGAAGAUUGAAAAACCUCUUUAUCUUUAAACAUUAGCUCUAGACAUUGCUAUGGCUCUUAGUAUGCAGCAAUGGGGUUUUUUACCCUGCAUUUUUUAUAAACAAUAUAUGAUUGGUGUCGUAACAGGUAUUGGAUUAUUUCCCCUUAAUAUAUCAAUCAAUGCACUGUUUAAGGUUCUCAAAGCAAAGUAUUUCCUGUUUAUGUGAAUAAAUAUGUGUUGCACAGUAUACUGUAUUUGCCAUUAUAUAAAACUACACGCACAAAUGCAAAUACAGCGAGUUCUCUAGAAUACAAAUGGUUUGGGUUGAAAUACAAUUGCAGUGGGAUUUUUUAAAAGAAUGAAACUUUGCCUGGUUACACCUAAAUAAAGGUAAAAAGAACCAGAAGCACCACUGAUUUAUUUUCCUCAUUGAAUCAUAUCUUGAGAUGGAGGUUGAUAAAGCUAGCAUUGUUUUAUUAUUGUGUAUGUUACAAUCUAUUGGUCAUCUAAAAAGAUGACAGCAUCUGUCACUGUAAAUGCAAGACUUUUGUUUUCAAAAUGAUUAAUAAUAAAGUUAAUGAAAGAG